AUGGAAGACCCUCAAAUCAAGUACACAACCCGUACCGCCGAGCAGGAAGUCGACACGGUCGAAAUAUGCCCGAGCCACCCAGACUACAUGAUCAUCGGCACAUACUCGCUUGUCAAAAAGGACGACCGUCGCGACUAUGAAGCUCAAGUCCGCCGCGGCACAAUCCAAGUCAUGACCGUCCACCCCGAGUUCAAGCCGCUAUACGCAGGCAUGCUCCCUCCACAGCUCGAUAGGGUCACCUUUCCUUGCGCGGUACUGGACAUCCACUUCCACCCGGCUGAUGCCACACUGCUGGGCGUGGCCACAAGUAACGCGCACGUCUAUUUCUUCCGUUUCAUCAAGCAUGGAGACGUGCUAGGCCGCCGGGUAAUCACAAAACUCCUACCGCUCGGUUCCGUGAGGGUGUCCGAGGACGACGAGCACGGCCUGACGGCCCUAGUUACGCAAUUUUCUUGGUUCCCUGAGCUGCGUAACCACGGAGUCUCAGGGAUAAGCGAUGUGCAAGAUGUCUCAUUCGCAGCAUCCACAUCGUUCGGCGAGACCAAGAUCAUCAGCAUGUCCGUACCCUUAAUCAAAGAUCUCUUCGACGAGCGGGCCAACGCACCUCCAGCAGAAUUGCCCUCCGGCGUCACGAAUAUCCACAAGCACGAACUUGAAGCAUGGACCGUCGCGGCAGUCACUCUCCGCUCUGCAACACAGAGUCAGGACAACACCAUCCACCGCAUGAUCCUCAGUGGCGGCGACGAUAGCGCCCUAAUUGCUUCAGCUAUCGAACUUCCCUGCAGUCCAUCACAGCCUGGUACGCCAUCAAUAUCAUCAUCCGACGAGUUUGGACCAACCCCUAUGCCUCUCUGGAAAGACCGUCGCAAUCACACAGCCGGCGUUGUGGCCAUCCUGCCGCUUCCCAGCAACGAUGAAUCCCCAAUCCCACACCCACGAAAGACCAUCAUCACGGGAAGCUACGAUGAAUACCUGCGAAUCUUCGAACUAGACACAAAGACGUACCGCGCCAUCUGGAAAACGGAGCUGAAACUCGGCGGCGGUGUAUGGCGGCUGAAGGUCUUGGAUCAAUACACGACACCUACAGUAGGCGACAGCAUUCCACACCAUCACAGCCUCAUCCUGUCCUCGCUAAUGCAUGGCGGUGCUGCCGUGGUUCGGCUCACAUAUUCUGCGGAUUCGGACUCCUGGAGCAUCACUCCACUCGUGACAUUCCGCGCCGGCCACGAGAGCAUGGUGUACUGCUGCGAUGCCAGGCUGGAUAAUAGGACAGCCGAGGAAGCACCACCGACAUAUACCGUUGUCAGCACGAGUUUCUACGACAUGAAGAUCUGUACGUGGAAGUUUGCUGAUCAUUUCAAGGUGCAUCAGAACAAAAUCGCAUAA